AUGGAAUUUGAGGGAAGCAACUAUUUUCGAUUCAGAUUAGCUUUGAGUUUAAUCAGCGGAAAGGCAAUAACAAUUAAAAAUAUUAGAAAAAAAAAUUCACACAAAAAAAUAAAUAAAGGCGAAGAAAUUGAUGAUAAUGAAAUAAAUGAAGGGCUACAAGAAUAUGAAGCCAAAAUUUUAAAGCUUAUAGAUAAGCUAUGUGAUGAUACUAUUAUUAAAAUUAAUGAAAAUGGAGAUGAAUUAUAUUUUAAACCAGGGUUUUUAAUAGGUAAUGUAAAUGAUGAAGUUAAAAUAAGUGACUUAAAUAAUACAUUUCAUUGUGGUAAUGAAAGAAGUAUAAGCUAUUUUUUAGAGUUUUUAAUUAUGAUUGUUCCAUUUUUUAAAAACCCAGUAAAAUUAUUAUUAAAAGGCAUAACAGACGAUCAAAUAGAUAGAACCGUUUAUACAUGCAAAAUAGUUUGUGAAAAUUUUUUUAAAACCUUUUUAAAUGUAAAUGAUGACUUUUUAAAUAUUACAAUUUUAAAAAGAGGCACAAAGUUAGACGCUACAGGUGAAGUUUCAUUUUUUAUGAAUAAUUUAAAAAUGAUUAAUUCUUUCGAUAUGCAUGAUGCUGGAUUAGUUAAAAAAAUCACGGGAACUAUUGUUUGUAACAAAAUAUCUAUGAUUUUUCGAAAUAAAAUUGUAAAUUGUGCAAAAAAAAAUCUACAUAAUUUUACCCCAUAUGUUAGUAUUGAAGUAGAAAAGGAAAAAAAAAACAAUUAUACUAAUAAAAACAAUUCCCAAAAUAAUUUUAUGUCUUUAUCUUUGUUUGCACAAACAAAAAAUAAAUGUAUUUAUGGCACAGAUCUUUAUGUUGACAAAUUUAUGCUCCAGCACGUUAAGGAUAUGUUAAGUUGUCGAACUGAGGAUAGUCUACCUAUGCAUCUUGGAGGAAAUAAAUGGGAUAAAGGGGAAAUGGACGAAAAUGAUGAAGAAAAAGAAGAGGAAAAUAUAGAUGAUCAUAAUGAUAAAGAAGAAGAAGAUGAGGGAGAAAAGAACGGAAUAAGCCUAGGGAACAAAACAAAGCACCAAUUAAAUAAUAGAGGUAAUUCUCCUUUUAAAGAUGAAAACAAAGAGACGAAUAAUAUUAGCAAUAUUGAUGCCUCAAAAGAUGCGCUAAAAACAUUGCAUGAUGCUGAUAUAUACGAAAGACUAGGGUUUUUUAUUUCCCUAAAAUUAAUGAACGAAAUAAAAGGAUUAUCAUCCAUAGAUUCAAGCUAUCAGUGGCUACCUUUGCUUUAUAUGGCAUUGGCAAAUGAUACAGCCGUUUCAAAAAUCUCACUAAGUGCUUUAAAACCUUACUCUAUUGUUCUUAUUCGCCUUUUAAGAGACUUUUUCAGUGUAGUUUUUGAUAUACAAAAAGUGGAAAAAUCUCAAAUUGAAUAUUCAUAUCUUAUAAAAUGUGUUGGUAUAGAUUAUCGUAACUUUUCGAAAAAAACGUUCUAG